GGAAAACCUCUGAGAGCCAUCUCUCCCUGCAACCGUAGCAGAAACUAUCUAGGGGCUCCUUUAACCUGCCCCGGGAGCUUCAGCCCGGGAACCCCCCCAGGCUUCCAUUCUCUCAAAUCCACCUACGCUCCACGGCCACAGUACCCAGCGAGGGCGCUCAAGAAUGUGGGCAUGAUGGCCCAGGAGCUGCCUUCUUCUUCAAAUUGCUGAUCAUCCAUUCCCCCUCCCCUGGACUGUAGGGGAAAGAAGGGCGCUGACCGCAUGGGAAGGGGCAGGAGCUGCCAGGUCUUCCUCUGACCCCCUCCGUGAUUGUCCCCUGUCCUCAACACAGGGACCUUUGCCAAAACCCCGGUGUUCAGAAGCUGACCGAACUAAGUGUCCCCACGGGGACCCUCCGCCCACUGGAGCCCGCGCCCCAAGUGGUGCCAUGUGGGGCGGACGUCUGUGGUCCUCCUCAUCCUCAUCCUCCUCGUCCUCCUCCCCCACCCUUCUGCAGCUGCUGCUGGCGGCGCUGCUGGCGGCGGGGGCGCGGGCCAGCGGGGAGUACUGCCAUGGCUGGCUGGACGCGCAGGGCGUCUGGCGGAUCGGUUUCCAGUGUCCCGAGCGCUUCGACGGCGGCGAUGCUACCAUCUGCUGUGGCAGCUGCGCCUUGCGCUACUGCUGCUCCAGCGCCGACGCGCGGCUUGACCAGGGCGGCUGCGACAACGAUCGCCAGCAGGGGGGCAACGAGCCGGGUCGCUCGGACAAAGACAGCCCAGACGGCGCCGCAGUGCCUAUCUAUGUGCCAUUCCUCAUCGUGGGGUCAGUGUUCGUUGCCUUUAUCAUCUUGGGAUCUUUAGUGGCUGCUUGCUGCUGUAGGUGUUUGCGACCUAAGCAGGAACCACAGCAGAGCCGGGCACCUGGAGGUAAUCGAUUGAUGGAAACGAUUCCCAUGAUUCCAAGUGCCAGCACCUCUCGUGGAUCCUCCUCUCGUCAAUCCAGCACUGCUGCCAGCUCCAGUUCCAGUGCCAACUCCGGUGCCAGAGCUCCCCCUACAAGGUCACAGACCAACUGCUGCUUGCCAGAAGGGACCAUGAAUAAUGUAUACGUCAACAUGCCAACUAAUUUCUCAGUGUUGAACUGUCAGCAGGCUACCCAGAUUGUGCCCCACCAAGGACAAUACCUGCACCCCCAGUACGUGGGCUACACGGUGCAACAUGACUCCAUGCCUAUGACACCUGUGCCGCCCUUCCUGGACAGUCUGCAGACGGGGUACAGGCAAAUCCAGUCUCCUUAUCCCCAUGCCAGUAGUGAACAGAAGAUGUAUCCAGCAGUGACUGUAUAA